GUGCUACUCUCUUUGAUGCUACCAAUCAAGCUAACUGAAGCUAGUGCACCUUGACUGACAGUGAAAAUCCCACAUGCAGUAUUGAUGAUAACCUCUACACCACUCGAUACUGACGUCUGAAAAUCGUUUACUGCCUGAGAGGUUCUUCAGAAAUGGAUAUCAAGUUUGAGGAAUUAGCCAGCAAUGCUGAUCUUGUUGCAAAAGUAAAAAAUUUUCAUCAAUCAACGGAGAAGAUAAAUGAACUGUUAUCAUUGGCCAGCAAUCCAGAGUUUUAUGAUAAACUAACAAAUUCUGAUAAGCUCAAGUACAAUUUGCUAAUGUCUUACAGCCUCAACACUCUAUUUUGGAUGUACCUACGUCUUGAAGGCGAAGAUCCUAUGAAGCACGAAAUCAAGUCAGAAAAUGAUAGACUGAAACAAUACAUGGUUCGGGCAAAACAGAUAAAAGAAAGAGACACGAUAAUGCCUCGUGUGAAGCGUGAUGUAGCUCAAAGGUUUGUGAGGAGUGGCUUAUGGGAACCAACGAGGGAAAAAAGUGAUACCGGUAGAAGUGGAGGAGUAGGUAAGAAGUGACAGAUAAAGAUUGAGCAAUUUAUACAAAUUCUGUAAUUUGUUAAUUCUAAUGUGAUCUUUAAUGAUGCAACGACGUGAAUUGUGUACAAUUUAUUUUUAUUUGGAGUGUGUUCAACAAAAAUUAUACUGGCGUAUAAAUGAAGGAGCAAAAACGCGAUAACAAAAAAUGUUUGACAUGUUUAUUGAUCAUCCGAGGUACAGCAACACCGAAUAAACAAUAAUAAGAAUAAAGUCUGAAAUGGCAAAUAACCUAAAUGAACUCACUCAAAAUCAGUAUUACUGGUAUGUGAUGACUGGGUAAAUAUGGUUUCAAAAUAACUAGAUA